UACAGUGGUUAUAACCUAAAUAAAACAGAAAAAAUAUUUAAAAUAAACAUUAAAACUUAGUGCCACUAUCAGACGCGAGAUGGCGUCUAUUUAAAUCGAUUGUAAAUGGUGGAUAAACGUGAGGCGCUGCACAAAAUGCUCACGAUGUCUACGUUAAUGAUGCCCGCAGCCACAAUGACGACCAUGACAAACGCAGGACCUAUCCCUGUAGCUGCAGCUACAAAACUAGAGCCGAAACUACUGCAGUUGCCACAUCCAGCGCUGAUGCAGCAAAUACCUCAACAACACCAUCAUCAGCAUCCACAUGGCAAUAACAAACUCGAACAUUACCACAUCUUUGUCGGAGAUCUAAGUCCUGAGAUCGAGACGCAGAGUUUGCGAGACGCGUUCGCACCUUUUGGAGAAAUAUCAGAUUGCCGAGUUGUCCGCGACCCUCAGACACUGAAGUCAAAAGGCUAUGGAUUCGUGUCGUUCUUAAAGAAAUCGGAGGCGGAAUCAGCAAUAACAGCUAUGAACGGCCAGUGGCUCGGCUCACGAUCUAUACGUACAAACUGGGCGACACGGAAACCGCCAGCACCUAAAAGUGAACUGAACUCGAAGCCGUUGACCUUCGACGAGGUGUACAACCAGAGCUCGCCGACCAACUGCACGGUCUACUGCGGCGGUCUGACAACCGGUCUCACAGAAGACCUCAUGCAGAAGACAUUCCAGCCCUUCGGUACUAUCCAGGAGAUCCGUGUUUUCAAGGAUAAGGGAUAUGCUUUCAUCAGAUUCUCAACGAAAGAAAGCGCCACUCACGCUAUAGUGGCCGUUCACAAUACUGAUGUCAACGGUCAGCUCGUCAAAUGCUCCUGGGGCAAGGAAUCUGGAGACCCUAACAAUGCGCAAGCGCAGGGACAGCUGGGAGGUACAGCAUACAGUCCGUUCGGCGCGUACACGGCGGGUGGUGUGCCUCCCGCCUCGUACUGGUACAACACGUACCCCCAGCAGCUCGGAGGGUUCCUGCAGGGGGUGCAGGGUGUACAAGGCGUGCAGGGAUAUUCCUACGCCGGACAGUUUGCAGGAUAUCAGCAGCAGUAUAUGGGUAUGGGAGGUGUGCAGCUGCCGUGGGCUCUGGGUGGCGGCGUAGGCGGAGUGGGCGGCGUUGGGGGUGUAGGUGGUGUGGGCGGCGUGGCGGCCAUGUCCCAGCCGCCGCAGGUCCUCCACUAUCCAGUGCAACACUUCCAAGUGCAACCCAUCGGUGAGGAUGAGUGGCUGGCCCCGAGCCUCCUGGUGUGAGGACAACGCCAGCCGCCCGAGCCCGCCUGCUGCUGUCUGCACAAGGAGUGGAUUUGAAGCCCCCUCAUGUCCCACUCUACUCUGUACCUUACUGACCUCUUCUGUACCAACCUUACUACUCUUCUGAACCAACUUCUUCACUUGUUCCAGUUUUAUUCUUCAAUGCUUUCUUCUGGCUAUUGCCAAUUAUUUUGCUGUAGUGUUCAUUUUUGUUCUAGUCAUUUUGAUGUGAGAUUUUUUUUAAUUUAAAUUAAGGCAUAAUGUUAGUGGUUAGGAAGUUAUUCAGUAAUAUCCAAUAUAAAAAUACAUUUUAAUGAACUUAUCAUUAAAAUUUCAAGUCGAAUUUCAAACCAUUAAAAAUUGUAACAUUUUUUUUUAUCUGAUCAAUUUAAAAUUAAAUUGGUUGAAAGAAGAAAUUGUGGAUUAGGUCGAUAAUGUUGAUUGGUUAAUUUGAAUCGUUUGUUUUAUGAAUUAAUUUUGGUGAAGGUACAUCUUUGGGCGGGUUUUGGAUAUCAGCGGAGACGAAUAUAUAAGCCAAGAUGACCAGUUGGUCACAAAUCUUUACAGAAAGAAGUAAAAUGUGAGUCAGUUAUUUGAAACAAUUAUUUCUACCGCUUGAAGAGCAUUGAAAUGCUAUUAUUACAAAAAAAAAUAACUUUUAGAAAAUAUAUAAUUCGAUUUAAGAUUAUGGAUAUAUAAUAUUAAGAUAAUAUUAGUAAAUACUGAUAUUGGUAAAAGAAACGGAAUGAUAAUAAAUGAGAAUGAAUAUUGGGGAAAGAAAUUGAUUGAGCGGUGAUAAGGAACCAAAGUCAUCUGUUAGCACAAGAGUUAGGAUAAGAUUUAGUGGGAAAAUUGUAGAUUUUUGGAGACAUGUUUAGUAGGCGACAUUAGCGAGCGCAGGUUUCAGCGAGUGAGAUGUUUUAUAAGACAAUUUUAUAUCCAAAGAGAUUGCUAGGUACGAGUGUAAAUGAAUAGGAUUUAAAAAUAUUUAAA